CGCACACGUCUCCGUUGAUGUAGUCAAAUGCCUAGUGCCGUUUCGAACUCAAGUUAAAUAAAAUUAUAAUCGUUUUGAUUCGUUCAAUAGACAUUCUUCGCAAUACUGCGACUAAAAAUCAUACGUCUUUUUGAUAUCUUUCAAGUACUUCGUUGUCGAGACGGUGUGUUACCCAAGUGUCGUCUCGUUCCUCUGGCAGUACAACCGAAUUUCGACGAUCUCACGAUAAGGCCAGAGUGCGUUGGGUUUAUCGGAAAACAAUAACGACAACGACGACGUGCGUAUCAUUUGGUCGAGUGCGGGUGUCGCCCAUUCCCUCCUUUUCCAAGUUAUCGGCAAAUCGUGACGGAAGACAUACGAGACAGACGACGCUGUUAAAAGGAAGCCGGAGAAGAUAUUGGAUAAUAUGCAACAAUGGUUUGAACAAGACCAAACAAGCGCUAAAAAUUCAUCAGAUAUAAAGUUUCAUUCAGUACCAAAAUCAUCGAACGAAAUGGAAAAGUCAAUACUUAAAACAUUCACUGUUGAAGCUGAAACAAUAACUGGACAAUAUAUUUGUGUAUCUGGUAAUUGCUCAACCCUAGGCGAUUGGGAAGUAAACAAGGCGUUUGUUCUGAGUAAUACAAAUGUGAUACGUAUAAGAAAAAAUCGAAAAUACUGUAUAUGGACUGGGUCUGUACAUUUGCCACCAGAAAAAGAAAUAUUUUUUCGUUAUUUCAUGGCAUAUAUAGUAGAACCUGAUGGUGAAUUUGUGACACAAAAACAUAUAUUUGUUCAUUCAUGGGAGUCUCAACCAGAACCUAGACGUGUACAAAAUGAAACUCAAAUAUCAACCAGUGAUUAUGCACUACAGAGUGAUAUGUACGGUAUGAAUGAUAAAAAUAAAAUAAGCAAAGGAUUUUUGACUACAGAAUGUGCUAUUCAGUUUAAACUAUUUGAUACUCCUAUUACAUUUUGGAAAUCUAAUCUACAAAGUAAAAUGAAUUUAGUUAGUGUAAAAAUGACACCUGUACCUCUGUCUUCUAAACUGUCAGCUGAUUCUGGGGACUCAUCUCCUAACAUAAGUAAUGUUAUACUUGAAGAUUCAAGUUCACAUGGAACUGAUUAUAUUCAGAAACAAUUUGGGUGGCCAUAUGUAGAAUAUGUGGAUAUUCCUGGUGGUUAUAGUUUUAAGCAUCAAAAUCAGUUUGGUACUAUUAUGCAAGAAAAUAUUUUUCAUUUAUUUCAAACAAAAAUGUACAAUUUCAGUUGUGUUGGGUAUCUUUUUGAUUUUUAUCUGCAUAAAGAAUCUUCUGAAGAACCUCCUUAUCAUAUUGGUUUUACUCACAUUCUACCAAGUAAUAUGAAAUAUAGCAAUGGAAUUAUUAUAUCUCCUAUCACCAGUGUUCGUCAUAGGCCAAUAGGAGAACUUAAAAUUGAUUAUUUGAUUAUAAAACCAACAAAAGAUAUCAAAUGCACUUUAGAACAUUUGAGGUUGACAGAUUGGAAAAAUUCUCAUUUCCCACUAGAUAUUGGACACAGGGGAUCAGGUUCAUCAUUUAAACAAAUUCUAUCCGAUUGUUCACAUAUUCGUGAGAAUACAAUAGCAUCCCUAAAAGAGGCAGCAAAUAAAGGAGCUGAUUUAGUUGAGUUUGAUGUACAACUUACAAAAGAUUUGGUACCUAUCAUUAAUCAUGAUUUUGUAGUAUCAAUGGCAACAAAAUCAAAAACAAAUGUGUUAGCUGAAGAAGUUGAAAUGGUUCAAAUUCCGUUGAAAGAUUUUUCUUUCGAACAAUUACAAAAGCUAAAAAUUUAUCAUGUUAAAGAACCUUAUACACUUUCAAAAACUCACUUUCUAAAUGACAUUAGAAAUGAUUAUCAACCUUUUCCGAAGCUUGAGAAAGCGUUCACAGAUGUCGAUAUCAAUGUUGGAUUUAAUAUUGAGUUGAAAUGGACAAUGAAACUUCAGGAUGGAACAUAUGAACUCGACAACCCAUUCGAUAUGAAUUUAUUUGUUGACACUAUACUUAAAACCACAUUUGAAUUUGCAGGAUCACGAAGUAUUGUGUUUUCUUGUUUUCAUCCUGAUGUCUGUACCAUGCUUAAAAUGAAGCAAAAUAGAUAUCCUAUAUUGUUUUUAACUCAAGGUGUUACCGUGCGGUACCCUACAUAUGCUGAUCCUAGAUGUCAUUCUAUUCAGAACGCUGUUUACCACGCUACUUGUCAUGAUUUAUUGGGAGUAAAUGUUCACUCUGAAGAUUUGUUGCGUGAUCCAUUACAAAUAAAUAUUGUCAAACAGGCUGGACUCGCUCUUUUCUGUUGGGGAGAUGAUAAUAAUUGUAAAGAUGUAGUGAAUAAAUUCAAAAAAUUAGGCGUAAAUGCUGUUAUAUACGAUAAGUUGGAUAAGAUUGAGUUGUUGAAAAAAAAAAUGUCUUGUUCUACUGAAAGUCCUGAUGUCUUCAUUGCCAAUAAUUAUUGUGAUCAGAAUGAUAUACUUUUAUCUAAACAACAAUCACUUAAUGAAGAUCCACAUUUACGUGAAGAUAAUGAAAAAGAUAAUAAUAGAUAUUUCAUGGAUGUCGGUAAAGCCAGUUUUCAAAAUCAAUGUUCUUCAACAGAAACGUUAUGGAAUGAAAAAAAAAGUGAUUCUAAGAUGCCAUCAAAGAAACAGAGAUUUGACUGUGUUGAUGGUUUAUUGGAAUCGGAUGUUAAACCAACUAAAUCCAAAAAAUCUAAGACUAAUAAAUAGAAGACUACUUAGAAACUCAAGUUUUGAACAAUAUCAAAUAAUCAAAAUAAUUUACAAACAUAUUGUAUUUAGUUUAAUAUAUUAUAUAUUUUAUUAAUUGUAUUUUAAUAUAUUAUUAAAUAAUAAUAAUUGUUAAUUGUUGAUUAACCAAUCAGUGUAAGAAUAGGAAUUUUUAUAAGCUAUAAAGCUUAAAUUUAAGUGUUAAUAGAGUUAAAUUAAUUAGUAGGAACAUAAUAUUUUUAAAACAUAUUUUUUUUUUAAAUUUAUAUUAGUAUGUUAUAGAUGUUAAUUUUCUUUUGCUUAAAUGCGGUUCGGUGCUGUAAUUUAAAUUCAUAUAUAUAUAUUUAUUAUUAUAAAUCCACCUUGUAUGUGCUCAGUGUCGUGAUGACUGACAAUUUGCAAUAUUAUUACAAUAUUCCUAGAACCUGGGAUUUUUAUACAUAAUUAUAUUAGUUUUUGAUGAAUGUUAAUU